UAGGCUCUCUCUGAGGGCUGGGAGCAAGGUGUAGGGGGAAAUUUAGCUGUUACUGUGGCAUGGUCAUGAAGAAGAGGCGGCGGCGGGAGGCAGCAGGAGGCGGCGGGGGCGUGAAUCUGCUGUAGCUGCCAGUUGGGCUGGUUUGUGCCUUUGUGGGAAGGGCGUAGUUCUUAAACCCCUCUCCGGGCAGCGGCCGGGGCUCGGGGCUAAGAGCGGCCGUAGGGCCGCCUCCCCGGGCCCCGUGGCUCCGCCAUGUUCCGCAGGGCACGCCUUAGCGUGAAGCCGAAUGUCAGGCCUGGCGUGGGCGCCAGGUCCUCCACCACCCCCAAUCCUCAGCGUGGACAGAAGGCUCCCAGGCCGCCGGAACCUGCAGCGGCCUGUGACCCAAAGCCAGCGGAGCCCACAGAUGUGCCCCUGGUGGGUUUCGAGGGAGCGGAGCCCCAAAAAGAGGCUCCCAGGAGCAGUGAUGAAAAGACUGAUGGUAAGAGUGAUAUUGAAGAACCCAGUAAAUCUUCCUCUACUGUUUCACAGAGAAGAAAGCGAAUAUCAAGUACUCCUACACUGGUUAAGCCUGGUGUCCGUGUUCUGCCAGAGCCUCAUCCCUUAUCUACAGUCAAUCAAGAAGCUCCACAGCCAAACUCAGUUCCAACAAAGGAGAAACAGCCAUGCUCAGACAGAUACCGAAUAUACAAAGCCCAGAAACUGAGAGAGAUGUUAAAAGAAGAAUUAAGAAAAGAAAAGAAACAAUGGAAAAACAAAUAUGCUGUAAAUGAAAGCCAGAGGCCACCGGAUCGUUCAAAAAUGACUAUGAGAGACUUCAUAUACUACCUGCCAGAUAACAAUCCAAUGACGUAUUCACUGGAGCAAGAAAAGAAAACUGAAAAAUCAUUGACACCAGUCCAGACAAGAGAGCAAGAAGAUAAGAGUACUCCUGAUGAUGAAGACAAUGAAGAACUAGAAGAAGAGAUGGAUGAUGGGCCAUUGCUGGUUCCCCGAGUAAAAGUGGCGGAAGAUGGUUCUAUAAUUUUAGAUGAAGAAAGUUUGACUGUAGAAGUUUUAAGGACAAAAGGUCCCUGCGUUGUUGAGGAAAAUGACCCCAUAUUUGAGCGUGGUUCUACAACUACAUAUUCCAGCUUCAGGAAAAACUAUUACUCUAAACCAUGGUCAAAUAAAGAAACAGAUAUGUUCUUUUUAGCCAUCAGCAUGGUAGGAACUGACUUUUCUAUGAUUGGACAGCUUUUUCCUCACAGAGCAAGGAUAGAAAUUAAGAAUAAAUUUAAACGUGAAGAGAAAACAAAUGGAUGGAGAAUAGACAAAGCAUUCCAGGAAAAGCGCCCUUUUGACUUCAAUUUUUUUGCUCAUUUGCUUCAGAAAGUUCUUGCUGAGGAAGAGAAAAGAAAACAAAAAUCCAUUAAAAAUCAGAGUUUAAAGGAGAAGAAAUCCUCUAAACCACGGAAAAAUGUAAAAGUGAAAAAGGUUGCCAGUGAAGUAGUGAAUGAAAAUCCAGAUGAAUCUGUGAAUGCUAAUAAUUCAGGCACAGAAGAGUCUCAAAAGGAUGCUCAGACAGUUCAAGAACAACAGCCUCUGAUUUCGUCAGGGCAGGAUUCAGAACAGAUUGCAUUAGAACCAGACCUAAAUCAAAAGAAAAGGAGAAGAAAAAAUCAAGAUGAAGUUGGUAACCAAGAAGUAAAAAGUCUUUCAGGAAAUGCCACUGUUCAGCCAGGCCCUUCUAAAGGAGAAAAACAGAAAAAUAAAUGUCAGUCUUUAAGACCUGAGAUAAAUGAAGAUGAAGUCAAUAAGGAACAGACACUUUCCUGUGUACAGAACACCAGUGAAGUUGCAGAUCUAUCCUCCAGGGACAAAGUUGUGAAAAAAACUGACCCUAUUCUUUCAUCAAGCAGCCAAGAAGACGCCAUGUCAACAGCACCUGAGACUUCAGAUUCAGGCACUCCAGAUUUGCAUUCAGAAGUUGGAUUGAGAGCCUUGUGUGAAGUGAGUGAUGCUGAGAGUAGUUGUACAAAAGAAAGAAAUGUUGACCUAAAAAACACAUCACUGGAAGCUGGUCAAACAGAAAAUGUUAAACUAAUGGCAAGAGGACGACUUCAGAGACCUAAACCCAAUUUAUCAAGGGCUGUUGGGAAGAAAUCAGUUCUUUCACAAGGUAAAACAGAUGCAGAGAGCAAGAGUUUACAUUCAGAAACUUCAUUUGAAAAGACCCACAUGGAAAAGGAUAAAAUGAAUUUAUUUGACAUUUCUGGAAUGGAGAAUACAGAGAAGAACUCAGAAGCUAAUACUGUACCUAACUUAUUACAAUUCCUUUGUAAUUGUUGUAGUUUGAGCGAAAAAGUGAGCCUGCGGGAAGAUGAUCAACCAAAGGCUUUCAGACCUGCACGACUAAUGAGGGGCCGAUUGCAAAGGCCAAAGCCAAAUGUAGGGAAAGCUUCUGAAAGAAAAGAAAUUCUUGCAUCACAGGAAGAAAUUGGGGCCAGUGUAGAAAAGAAUGAAUGUGAAUCUUGUAUUGACAGAGAUAUUCCUGAACAGAUAGAUCAGUCACAUAAAAAUUUUGAGUGUGAAGACAUCACAUCACAAUCUGAAAAAAGAGAUACUUUUCAAAAUAUUCAGCCAGAUGAGCCCAAGUCUCUGAAUGAAAGCCUAAGAACUCAAGAGCAUAAUAAAGCAAAUGUACUCAAACAAGUUCCAGUUUUAAAGAAUCGAUUUCAGAAACCAAAACCAAAUAUAGGAAGAAGAACUGGAAUAAGAGAGAAUUUCUCAAAGGAAGAGAUUGUUGCCUCUGGGGAAAAGACAGCAGCAAGGCUGGAAACCGCACCAAGGGAGGAGGUGCCGGUGGAAGCUAACACUGCUAAGGAAACAGAGUCAGAGUUACAAGAAACUGGAAGAAGAGACAUCUCUCCAGGAAGAAGGUACCAGAAAUGAUUGAUGUUCACUGUGGAAACGGAAACAGGUUUGAAAGAAACUGGGAGGGAGAUUUCUCCAAGGAGGAAGAUUCCAGAGGUGACUGGUGUCACUGAGGAAAUAGAGACAGAGCUGGAAGAAACCGGGAGACAAGACACAUCCACACACAGAAAAAUACCCUAGAAGACAACACUGUGGAAGUGGAAGCAGGUUUGAAAAGAAACUGGAGGGGAGAUUUCUCCAAGGGAGAAGGUGCCAGUGACUUACACCACUGAGGAAAUAGAGACAGAGCGGGAAGAAACCACAAAUGAAAGCUUCCAGGAAAAUGCCCUAAGGACAGCACUGUAGCAGAAGUUGGAAGCAGGUUUGAAAGAAACAGGGGAGAUUUCCCCAAGGGAGAAGGUGCCAGAGGUUUCUAAUGACACUGAGGAGGGUUGAAACACGUUGGAAGAAACUGACAAGAAGAGAAUACCUGCACAAGAAAAGUCCCCAGGGAUCAAAACUAUAGAUGAAGGGGAGACAGAUUUGAAAGAAAUUGGAAAAGAAAUUUCCUCAAGGGAAAAGGAGCUAGCAGGGAAUGUCAUAGGGGAAAUGGAGAUUAAUGUGCAAGAAACUGGAAGAGACAUUUCCUGAUGGAAAAAUGUAUCAGGGAAGAUGGCUGCCAUUAAGGUAACAGAGGCAGAUUUGAGAGAAACUGGAAAAAUUUCCUUAACGGAAAAUGGAUCAGAAGAGAUCAAUGAUAAGGAGGAAAUGGUGGCAGAUUUGGAAAAAACUGGAAAAAUAGACACUUCUCUAGGGGAAAAUGAACCGGAGGGAGCCAGGACAUUGCUACAAACUGAGACAGAUUUAAUGCCUAGCAGUAGUGCUGACUGCAGUGCUGUGCCUUCACUAAACUUCCAGAACAUGAGCAGUGAAGUACUAUUCAUGGUACAUACAUCUGUAGAAGAAAAAAGAAAUUCUGAAAAGGAAUUACCACAUCAGUUGAGUCCUUUGAAGACUUCUUCAGUGAUUCCUAAACCUGAUAAAGCAGAAGACCAGGAGACACAAUCUGCUAAUGUUCCAGAACAGUGUUCAGACAGUAAUUUAAGCAAAUCUCUUCCUCAAGAACAAAAGCCAUUUGAAGUUAAGCCAGUACUCAUGAGAAGUCGAUUCAAAAGACCAAAACCAAACUUAUCAAGAGCAGCUUUAAAAAGAGAGACUGUGGAAGCAGAAAAACAUGUGCCUGGGAAGAAAUUGGAAACAGAUAAAAUGGAGACGGUUGUGAUACAACAGGAUGGUGAACAAAUGAACACUCUCCCUUCUCAACAUGAAGUAUCUUCCUUAAUGACAUCAAGAGAAAAAGACAAAUCAGGCCACAGACAGGAGGAGGCUGUGAAAUUACCAUGUGCACAGACAGAAAAGAAUCUUUUGCCUUCAAGUUCUUGUGAAGCUAAAGGGGAGUCUCAGUCUGCACAAGCCCAGGAAAAGGAAUUACUUAUUUCCAUGGGGACUGAUAACAUAAAUACUUUCAAGAAGAAAUGAAGGAAAGUGCUGUCCAAACUGCUCGGCUAGUAAGGGGGGCAACUUCAGAGACCCAUACCAAACAUAAGAAAGGCAGACCAGAGGCAAAUGGCAGAAGAAGAUGAAGCCAAAGGUGUAGUUAUGGAAGAAAGAACAAUAGUACAAGAGUAUGAAACUAAAAAGAAAUUCCUCACUCUGCCAAAUUCUCAAAUUGAAACUGAAAUUGAAAUUGUAUCCUCCAAAGUUUCCGAAGGAAGAAUGUGUGAAAAUCAGAGUCAUGUGGCUCUUGAAGAAAAGCAUGCUAACAGAAUUAAUACUUUAGAAAAAAAGAUCAGACAUGAACAUAAAACGUAUGUUUCUAGUCCAGCACAAUUGAUUAGAAGGCAGUUCCAAAAGCCUAAGCCAAAUUUGGGAAGAGCACAUGGUAAGAAAGAGGAAUCGGGUAUAGAAAAAGAGAGAGCAGAUCAGAGUGAGGCGAGGACACCAGAAGAUAAUUCACUGAAGCAAGGAGAUUCUGACGCCAAUCUCCUUCAAAAAGAAAAAGCUGAGCUUCUGACAUCUCUGGAGGUUUUGGCAGGAAAGGAUUGUGUAGGUUCCCAAGAGGCUGGUUUGGCCAAGAAAGAUGCUCUUUCGGAAGUUGGACCAUCAGGAAGUGUUGGACAGAAAACCGUAGGGGAUAAUGCUGUCUCUUCGAUUAUUAAAGAACAGUGUCUCAGUAAACUAGCAAGCCAUUCACAAAUUAAAGAAUCAAAUUACUCUAAAAGUGUUCUAAGUCGAAGGACAACUCUCUCUUCUGCCUCUGGACGUGAGAUAGAUCAUAGUGUCAGGAGAACGCCGAAGAUCAAACCAAAUGUCACCAAAGGGCGAUCGAAACGAACUCGUAGUAAGACUUCGAAGAAGGAACCCAGAACUUCCAAGGCCAUGCUGGUGACUCUUCGGGCUUCACAGGAAGAGGACGAAGACGAUGUUGAGGAUUUUGAAUCUGACUUUGAAGAAGAAAGCUAUCAUCUUGCUCCAGAAGAAAUAAACAAAGCUCCAGUGUUUGUACCUGUUGGUCUCAGAUCUCCUGAACCUGUUCCUGCACAGAUUGAGGAAACGAUGGAAGAGCUUGAAAUAACUGUGAAUGUUCCAGAUAUAGGAUUUAUAACUGUUGAUGAACAUCAGCUCUCAAAUGCAGAUGUGACCACGCAGGAAAUGGAACAAGAAGAAAAUUUGAGUGUAUUAUCAGUCGAAAUGACCACAGGUGAACAUAUCCAAGAUGAAACAGAUACCAACAACGAUGGAAGCGCUGAAGCUGCCAUAACUUUACUUACAAUGGGCGACCUAGUGUUGCAGUCAGAGAUCAGUACAGAACAGAGUGAUGUAGGAAUAUGUGUACUACCUGGUGUUCACUCAAAGGAUAAAAGCCAUAUUCCUUUUAGCCCCGAUCAUGUCAGUCAUGAAACUGUUCAUGAAUCUCAGGAGCUUUCUUUACCUGUCAAUAGUGUACCUCCUUCACCGUUAGAAGGAAACCAGAUUGUAUUGGAGGAACAAAGUACUAAAGAAGAAACUGGUUUAAUGGAGACAGUAAAGGAAAACGCUGUAUCAACCAGGAAUACAACUUCUAAAGUGACCAAUGAUUUGAGAAUGAGAAGUAGAUUUGCCAAACCUAAGCCCAAUCUUAAAAAGAUUUUAGGGACCAACAGAUUCGGUGCUCAUCAGGAAGUUCCCAGUUUGUUUGUAACCAAAGGAGAAGUGGAAAUUCAAAGAGAAAUGGAGAAAAAUGUUUCCAAAGCAACAGGAUUAGAAGAUAAAAACCUUGAAUCAUUCUCAACAGAAGAGAGUAAGGAACAGAGCCCGUUGGCACAUGUAUAUGGUAUUGAAGAGACCAGGAUUUUGCAGGAAGCAAGCAUAGCUGAAAGAAAGGAAGAUCAAGAACAGGCAUCUCAGGAAGUUCAGAUGUUGUCAUUUGCUCCGAUUGUUUCCUCUGAGACAAGCUCCCACACACUUGAUUUGGGUAGUGGUCUUGGUGAGAGUUCUGUUGGAGAGCCCCUGAGAAAGGACUCAGAUGGAGACCAUGUGCUUACACUUUGUGUGCCAGAGUGUACACCAACUAGUAUUCCAGAAGUCCAACAAGAGAAUGCAGCCAAUCCUCAAGAUUUAACAGUGAAUCUACUUGCUGACGUACAUCAUGAUGGUGAGGAUGAACAAGCAUUCAUUUUAACUCUAGUGGAAAUUCCAACCAAUACAAUAGAAGAAUUUACUGACACUGCUACACAGUUAAUGCCAAACCCUUUACUGCCAGCGCCCAUAUUGGUCAAAUCAGUGACUGCAGAAGAAAAGGGUGACAUGAGUAUGAGUUUUCCAGUAACUUCAGUUGGUCAGGAUGCCAUGUGUUUAUCUAAUUCUGGAAGUGUUGAUUCUGAAAAGCCUCCUGCUAAUUUGGAUUUUAUAUCUAGGAAGAGAUUUCAUUGUAGGCUUGAUGAAAGUGAUCAUGUUCCUCCUGCCAAAAAAUGUUCACUCACUUCAAGAGAAAAUUGUCAAAAAUAUAUCUCUGAGGUAUAUUCAAAGGAAUUAAUAAAUGUUUUUGAGGAAACAGGGAAGUCUUACAAGGGACAAGAUAUCUUUUCUACUUCAGAAAGCACACACAUAACUCCAGAACCUCAGAAAGAGAAACUUGAACCAGCUUUUCAGAGUAUAGGAUCUAGACCUCUUGAUAAAAUAAUGGAUACACAUAUAGAAAAGAAUACACCUCAGUUACCUCAGGAUAAGAUGAUUGUGUCUGAUAGGGAAGAAAGAAUUUGUACAGCCUCUAAGUCUGAACAAGUGGAUGGCAUCACACCAUCUUCAAAAACCCCAUUAUCCAGACCUGGUAGAAGACCCCUGGGAUUUUUAUCUUUAAUAUGUUCAAAGAAUAGUUUGGAGUCUGAUGCACCUGCUCAGGUUCAUAGUAAGAAACGCCUAAAACCUCUUAUACCUGUAUCAAGAAAGAAUUUGAAAAGAUCCAAACCACUCAGUGAAAGCCAGAAAAAAAUUCAAGAAUCCUCUGAUUUGCUUUCAUCUCCAAGUGUUGAUAAUACUCAGCCUGAGAAUAUUGGCAGUUCAGCAGCUCAGGUAUGUGAUAUCUGUUUAUUAUUGUUCAUAUAGAAUGGCUUGAUAUCAGACUCAACUAGGAAUAGCAUGGCAAUUGUUGAUAUCAUUUGGAUAUCAGAAAUUAUUGCAGAGCAAAUCCUGCACCAUCUCCUCCACAUCACACCCACCCCUCGCACCACUAUAUUGGAAGAAGAUAUGGUGUUGAAUUAGGAAGUUACAGCUAGUUUAGUACAGAGCCAUUGAACUAGCCAUAAAUAGAUACUAAAUUGCCAUUUCUUUAAAGCAAAGAUUCUUCUGAUUGGUGGAAACAAAACAGCAGUGCUUGCAUUUUAUUUGCUUUCAGAGAAAUGUCCUAACACCCACAGGAAUUCAAGGAACAGUAAAUGAGAAUUUAUUGGCAUGUUUUAUUUCUGUGCAUUCCAAAGCUGUACAUAUGGGAAGUACUGGGAUAGAACAGUCUGUGAAGCUGUAUCAAAGAUUUCAGAAGAAUAUUGUGUGACUUGGAAUCUCAGCAAAGGCUGGUGACCUCUAUUGGGUCGAAUGAGACUCAAAGGAAGGAGUACUUUUGUAAAAAAAAUCUUCAAAUUUUUAAAAAUAUUUUAUACUAUUUCCCAGAAUUGUCUUCUGAGAGAAGAUUUUCUGAGUGUUAGCCUUGCCAAAUUACUUCGGAAAACAGUGCUGUAAUUACCAGCAGUGUUCCAGUGCCAGUUCAUUCACAUUCUUGCCAGCGUCAGAUAAUAACUCUUCACAAUAAUUUUUUAAAUUUAACAUAAUGGUGGGGGGGCAUUUCAUUUGUUUCACUUGCAUUUUUUUAGUUAUCAGUGACUUGUUUUUUUCCAUAUAUUUACUAGAUAUUUUAUUCUUUUUUUGUUCUAUCUUGCUAAUUUAUAGCUUCUGGAAUCUAAGUGUUUUCUUACCAAUUUGUGUGAAAUUAAAAAAAAUUUUUUAAGAGAUUUUAUUUAUUUAUUUGCAGAGAGGGGG